AGGUGAGAUGCAGGGGUCGGCCGGGGAUGGGGCUUUCUCCAGAAGGCACCAGAGGAAAGUUUUGAACUCAAUCGCUGGCUAGUGUCCCGAGGGAGAGGGAGGGAGGAGGCUUUUGGCGUGGGGGUCAAGGACAUGAGCCCUCCCACUGAGCUCAGGGAUUCAGCAUCCCAACACUUCUCUCCACACCUGGACUCCUAAGGAUCGGCAGGGAGGAGUGAGAAGUGUAGGGGAGACUGGCCUGUUUAAUCCACAGAACCAGGAAGAGGUCUGUCAGCGUUCUAUUCCACGGGCGAGGGUGCAGCCUAAGGCAUAGAAGAGACGUCUCUAGGCUGGUUCAGCGUGUCCUCACUCAAAUAAAAGGCAACUUCGGAGAGCCACAUUGAUGGAUGAGGACUUAUCCACUGCUAGCAGCAAAUUCUAUUGGCUUGAUUUACUUAAUAGGAUAAUGUUCAGCGAACUCAGAAUUUAUUUCCUGCUUCUUUUCUUGAUGGGCCAUUCAGUGGCAGCUUUGAGAUCUCCAAAUUCUAGGCAGGAUUUGCAUCCAUUACUGCAGAAAAUGGCAGAAGAAAUAAUAGAGGGAAGAUAUCUGAAUGCUCUUCUGGAUUUGAUCCAGUUUCAGAGUUCUAAUGUGUGGACAUCGGACUUAUCCCAAAGACUCAUGGCCUAUUUUCAUUCACGAAACGUUGCUUUUACUGUAAGCAGUCUUCAGGCUACCAUGGAAAAUUACCUAGAGAAUCUUCUGUAUCAGCCCCAGAAGCUGCUGGCAGAUUUCCGACACACGGAUGACCAGCAAUUCCGGACUGCCAUGAAAUGCCUGUUUGAAGACAAAAAGAGCCGAUUGGAGCUGGACGACAUAGUGAUUGAUCUGGAGGGAAUCCAGAACCUUGCCUUGCAGACACCAGGGGUGAACCGAACUCUGUUCCUCAUCACCCUAGAGAAAUGCUUCCUGGUUAUGAGUUCCAUUGAAUGUGUGGAUAUAUUAGGCCGAGUGCUAAGGGUUUCCCCUGGGAACUUUCUCCAGCCAGAGAUCAUUGGGAACCUUCCCAGGAACCUUCAGGAAGACUCUUUUAAGAAUUUGUCCUCAGUGUUUAAAGAUCUCUAUGACAAGACCUCUGCCCAUUCACAAAGAGCACUCUACUCCUGGAUGACUCAGAUUUUACAGAAAUCUGUCAACUCAACUGAUGACUCUAUAUCAUGGGUUAGUGCAGAAAACCUUUGGAUUUUGGGAAGAUACAUGGUUCACCUCCCAUUUGAAGAAAUUACAAAAAUUAGUCCUGUUGAGAUUGGGCUGUUCAUCAGCUAUGACAAUGCCACAAAGCAGCUGGAUACCGUGUAUGACAUCACACCAAAGCUGGCCCACGCUUUCCUGGAGAGGAUCAACUCUUCCAGCUUUGACAUGAGGAACAUCUCCACCAUUCACAGAUUGGGGCUACUUGUUUGUUUCUAUGGUGAUCUGGAGGAGCUAGAAGCCACAGUAGCCCAAGUCUUGCUACAUCAAAUGAUCAAGUGCAACCAACUUAGAGGCUUCCAGGCUGAUGUUCAGAAGCUCAAGGCUGAACUUUUGGACAUUGCUAUGGAGAACCAGACCCUGAACGAUACCCUUGGCUCUUUAUCUGAUGCAGUGGUGGGUCUGACAAGUAGCCAGCUAGAGACUCUGUCUCCGGAAGCAGUGCACAAUGCAAUUUCAACUCUCAACCAGGUCUCUGGGUGGACCAAGAGCCAGGUCAUUAUCUUGUCCACCAAGUACUUGACUCAUGAGAAGGUCAUAUCAUUCUACAACGUCAGCCAGAUGGGAGCGUUGCUGGCUGGUAUCAGCACCCAAGCUUUCUACAGCAUGGAUCCAAAGGAGCUCUCACAUGUCAUUAAAGGCACCAUCUCCCAACAUAUAUCUGAUUUGUCACCUGCCCAGCAACAAGGUAUCCUCAGCAAGAUGCUUGAAGCCAGCGAUGUUUCUUCCACAGUCAUGGAUAUACAGGGAGUUUUCUUUAAGGAAGUAUCUCUCUUUGAUUUAUGGAAAGAACCAGGCUUUAACUCUACAGUUGUCAAAGAAAAGGAGCUCAGAAAGAGCCAGGCCUUGUUUCUGUAUGACUUUUUGUCAAGAACAACGAGAAAGCCUGAUGACGUCCUAAGUGUAGGGCAGUUGGUUAAAGGAAUAACAUGCCAGCAGAUUGAGAGCAUGAGCUCUGACUCAUUUUUGACCCAUUUCAAGUAUUUUGAAAACAAUCUCCACCUGCUUUCUCCAUAUCAGGUUAAUUGUUUAGCUUGGAAGUACUGGAAGGAGUCUCGUUCAUCUCUGCCUCCCUUUCUCCUAUCAGCUCUCCCGGCCCGUUAUCUGGAAUUGGUCUCAACCUCUCAGUGUGUUCCCUUUCUGAUUAGCCUAGGGAAGAUCCGACUGAAUGAUCUCAUUUUAGAUUCUCACAAAAAGAAUUCUAUUAUCAGAAAAAUACAGCAAUGCUUGAAUGAUUCUAUUACUGAUGAAUACGACAUUGACAUCAUUGGAAACCUCAUCUGCCAUUUGCCUCCAGCCAUCAUCCAAAGUGGGAUUCACCCUAGGGCCUUGGCCACAGCAAUGGACAGACUCAAAAGCUGCACCAGCCUCAGCCCUGAGCAAAAGGCUGAAGUGAAACUUAGGCUCCUGGAGUUGCAUGGACUCCCUCAAAACUGGACAGCUGAAACAACAAAGGACAUUGGGCCAUUUCUAGUUCUCUUUUCAAGAGAUGAAUUAAGUGUCAUUGCUGCUAAGUUCCCUGAUCUCCUUCAGCAAACAGCUUCCAAAAUGGUGGGAACCCAACUCCCUAAAGAAUUUCUCUGGACUGUUUUUGAAUCCAUCCAGAACACCAGCAAAAAUGUUUACACAUCUGAUCCCAGAGAUGAAUGUCGAGGAAUCACAAUUCCAAGUUCAGAUGACAUCUUAAAGUUAGCAGAAGCCAACGCCUGCUGGUCUCCUCAAGAACUGCUGUGUAUGGAAGAGGACACAUUUAUCAAGAAUGUUGAGAUGCUAGGGACCAUCUUGAGUUUCAGUCAGUCUCAGCUGAUGGCUCUGAAGGAGAAAGCAAAACAGGUCUGGAACGUACCUUCUUAUUGGAAAAAUCAUCACAUCGUCUCCCUGGGCCGCAUAGCUCUGGCUCUGAAUGAGAAUGAACUAAAACAACUGGAUCUCAGCUCGAUUGACACAGUGACCUCCCUGAGCCAGCAGACAGAGUGGACUCUGGGACAGGCUAGUGCUAUUCUUCGAGGAUUUCUGGAAGACUCAGGCCAUCAAAUACAGGAAUUAAAGAGUUUUGAUUUAGUAGGACUUGGUACAAAUUUGUGUGCCAUCAACAUUAAUGAAGUUCCUUUGAUAAGUAUCCCAGAAUUUAGCACUGUUGCUGCUAGAAUUGGUACUCUGUUCUGCAGUACUCCCAUCCUGGGAGCAUUCAAGAGGAAGGUGGAGGCUGUGUUUGGAGAUCCUACAGAAUGGAGCAGUUCAGUGAUAUGGGAGCUGGGCACCAUUGCAGCUGGAUUAACAAAGGAAGAAUUAAGGAUGCUUAAUAAGGAUUUAAUGCCUUAUUUCCAGCCAUCAGCCAUAAAAUGCAUUCCUGAGAAGAUCUUCAAAGAGCUGUCUCCAGAGCAGAUCUCCAGUAUGGGUCCUGAGAAUGCUGCUUGGGUGACAGAGCCCCAGAGGAGACACCUUAACAUGCUGCAGCUGCAGAGUCUCCAAUUGGCACUAGAUGGCGCCAAGACCAGCUCCCAGCAAGAAGCAUCCCUGAACAUGGGUACCACCAGCAUUACACAUUCCCCUUCCUCUGACUGUGCUCCAGUCUUCAGUGGUUUUAGCCUUUGGCUAUAUUGGCCUAUGUUGAUCCUGCUUCAGUGAGCUUACUAUGAACAUAAAAUCUUCCAUCUGUACCAAACCAUCAAGGAAAUUGGGAGUCAAAAGAAUUUAUAGAAAGAAAAAGAGAGUUCAAAUUAUGAAAGAAUUCAAGGUCACUUCUUUUGUUGUAAAUCUUUAUGAUUAGUUUCCAUUAAGCAUUUUACAGCUCGUCUAAGUCAUCUCUUUCCUCCUUUUUUUUCCAUUUUGUCCUUUCCCAGUGGUCCUGGAUAAUCCAAAAAUAAUCAUCAUAUUGGAGAAGUUAUUUUUUAGGUUGUUAAACAGCAAAAGAUAGAAGUUACACAUCACUUCAAAGUAUCCAUGAUCUCAGGCUUGCAAUCUCAUGUUCCUUUUUGACCCUUCAACUCACUCUGUAUAUUUCAGUCUCUUGCCAAAUCUUACCAUUUCUACCUUUACAACAUUUCUUGUGUAUUCCUUUUUCUCUAUACUUACACAAUAGCCACUUUAAUUCAGGCCCUCAUUCCCUUACACCCAAACUACUAUACUAGUUUUGUGCUUGAUCUCUGUGACACAAGUCCCUCCCCACUCAAGCCUUCCACUCAGUUGCUGAAAUGAUCUUCCUAAAGUGCAAAUCUGUCCAAAUCAUUCUGCCUUCUUCAUUCUCUGUUACCUCUAGGGUCAAAUAUAAAAUCUUCUAUUUGCUUUUGAAAACCCUUUACGACCUGCCCCCUUCAUAUCUUUCCAGUCUUCUAAUACUAUUCCUUUUUACAGACUGUAUGGUCCAUCAACACUGGCCUUCUUGCUCAUUGAUCAUGCUUUUAACUGGCUGUCCCCCAGGUCUGGUGUUUUCCUCCUCACAUCUGCUUCCUGACUUCUCCAACUUCCUCCAAGACUCAUCUUAAAUCCCACCUUCAUCAAUACUAUCUUGCUCUCACUAUUACUGCCUUCCCUCUGAGAUUACCUCCUUUUUACACAUUGUAUAUAUCUAGUAUGUACAUAGUUGUUUACAUGCUGUUCAUCCAUUAGAAUGUAAGCUCUUUUAAAGGGCAAGGAUCAUGCCUUUUUUUUGCCUUUCUUUGUAUCCACAGCACUUCACACAGUGCCUGGCAUGUAGUAAGUGCUUAAUAAAUGUUUGCUGAUUGAUUGUUGAUUGAUCAAUUGAUAUAUUACAAGUUAUUCACCCUG